AUGGAUAAAACAGGUGAGGUUAGCAUCAGAAGCAGCCAGUGGCAGAGACUGCUCAGGUGGCAUCUGGGACAGAAAGCGAAUGAGGAAGGAGAAGACGGCGACAAGAAAGAAGAGAACCGGAACAUCUACACGGGCCUGAAGCUAAAAGAUAACUGGAAGGAGUGGGUGGUCGAUCCAGCAGAACAGUUUUAUUACGUCUGGCUUCAAGUCAUGAUAUUUCCCAUCGUCUACAACUGGGUCAUCAUCAUUCUGAGGACAUGCUUCACUGCGAUCGCUCUGAGCUACCUUCCUGUGUGGCUCACGCUGGACUACCUAUCAGACCUCAUGUAUACCACCGAUAUGAUCAUCACUCUUCAUACUGGUUACCUGGAUCAGGGCAUCCUAAUCAAGGAUCUGACUCGGUUGAGGACGCGCUACCUGCACUCCAAACAUUUCCUGAGAGAUUUGGCCUCCCUGCUCCCCACCGACUUCCUUUACUUUGCCUUUGGCAUCGAAACUCCUCUGGUGAGGAUCAACCGCCUCCUGCGAAUGCCGCGACUCAACGAGGUCUUGGAUCGCAUGGAGACUAGAACCUCCUACCCCAACACCUUCCGCAUCUCCAAGCUCAUGCUCUACAUCUUUGUGUUGAUCCACUGGAACGCCUGCCUCUACUUCGCUCUGUCCAACUACAUCGGCUUUGGAAGCGACCGUUGGGUUUACCCCAACAUCACCAACCCCGAGUUCGCCUCCAUGAGACGUCAGUACUUCUACUGCUUCUGGUUCUCUGCCCAGAUCUUCACCACAGUAGGAGACACCCCACUGCCGGACAGGGAGGAGGAGUAUCUGUUCAUGAUUGCAGACCUGCUCAUUGCUGUUCUGGUUUUCGCAUCGAUUGUGGGCAACGUUGGAAACGUCAUCACCAGCCUAAGGGAUCGUGAUAACGUCUUCUUCCCCAACCACGAGCUGGUGAAGGGGUACCUGCGCAGCCGUCACAUCAGCAAGGAGCUUCGUCAGCGCAUCGACAACUGGUACCAGCAUCUCCACAUCAACAAGAAGAUCAUGAGAGAGAAUGAGAUUCUGCAGCAGCUGCCGGUGCACAUGAGGACUGAGAUCGCUGUCAGCGUUCAUCUUCCCACGCUCUCCAAAGUCACCAUCUUCCAGAGCUGUGAGAAGAGUCUGCUGGAGGAGCUGGUUCUCAAACUAACACCUCAGGUGUUCAGUCCAGGAGAGUACGUCUGCAGGAAGGGAGACGUGGGCCACGAGAUGUACAUCAUCAAGGAGGGCAAACUGGCGGUGGUGGCAGAUGACGGGGUGACAGAGUUUGCUGUGCUGAGCGAAGGGAAUUUCUUUGGGGAAAUUAGCAUCCUCAACAUCAAAGGUAACAAGUCAGGCAACCGUCGAACUGCCAACAUCCGAAGCAUCGGCUACUCCGACCUGUUCAGCUUGUCCAAAGAAGACCUGACCGACGUGCUGUCCGAGUUCCCAGCAGCCAAGCGCCACCUGGAGGAGAAGGGAAGGCAGAUCCUCACCAAGAUGGGCAUGUUGGAGGAGAGCGGGGAGGCAGCCAAGGGGAAGGCGGAGAAAGUGGAAACCAAGAUACAAAGGCUGGAGGGCAACCUGGAGAUCCUGCAGACCAAACUGGCUCGACUGAUGGUGGAGCUGGAGUCAAGCAACCGCAAGAUGCAGGCCAGAGUGGAGCAGCUGGAGCUGGAGGUGGCAGCACUGGAGGUUCAGCCAGAAGAUGGAGAUAAAGGAGAAGGAGCUCAGGGGAGAGAGGAAGGCGUGGGAGGGGAGGUGGAAUGGGAGAGAGAAGAGGCAGAGGGAGAGGAAGAAGGGUUGAAUGUAAAGAUGAAAAAAACUGGACAGGGAGAAGAUGGAAACGAUGUGUCCAAAGAGGGAGACGGAGAGAGCACGAAAAGUACAAAAGAAGAUGUGGAGAGGAUGGUGGAGGGAGAUAAAUGUGGACUGAAGGGCUUGGAUAAUCAGGAGAAGAAGAAGGAAGACGAUGGAGAGAAGAACCGAGACAGAGGAGAUGACAGACCAGGGAAAGGAGACGGAGCUGAGAUUGAGACUGAAAAUGGGAAAGAUGAAAAAAAAGAAUGUGAGGAGGCUGAAGAAGACUCCAAUCAAAAGGAAACGGGAAAGAAAUGUGAAGGGCAGGGAGAAUAAAUGGAAAGCUGAGGAGAAGAAAGAGCAGGGUACAUUUAAACUGAAUGCAUUUGGCUGUUUCAUAUGAAUAAAACUACUGAAAACCCUCAACACACCAAUGACAGUUCUGCAACGCAACUUUCCUCCUCUAGAUGGCAGCAUCGUACACACUGCAGAUCAAGGUGUUCAAACUAUCUGACAGGUGGCAUCUGAAUGUUCUGUUUAUUUGUUCACUCCUUUCAAGUCUGAAUUUGAUAAAAUUCCUAUUCUUCCAGAGA